AUGGAAGACUUAAAGCAAUCUCAUUCUCUAAUCCUCAAACUCGGCUUACUUUCAAGCUCUUUCUGCGCAUCCAAUCUUAUUUCCAUUUCUGCCCUUUCUCACUUCGGCAGCAUGGACUAUGCAUGCUCAAUCUUCCACCAAAUCGACUUCCCAAAUUCGUUUCAAUUCAACACCAUGAUAAGAGGCCACAUUAAAGAUACAAAUCUUGAUGAAGCUAUCAUCUUUUAUAAUCGAAUGCUUGAAAUGGGUAUUCAUCCAAACAACUUCACAUACCCAUCACUUCUCAAAGGGUGUUCUUAUCUACAAAGACUUCAAGAAGGAAUGCAACUUCAUGGGCAUGUUUUCAAGAUUGGACUUCAAGAUGAUAUCUUCGUGCAAAACAGUUUGAUAAAUAUGUACGGAAAGUGUCGCGAAAUAACGAAAUCGUGUACCCUUUUUAACCAAAUGGAUGAUUUGGAUAAAAGUUCGGCUACUUGGAGUGCAAUUAUUGGGGCCCACGUGAGUAAGGAAAUGUGGGGUGAGUGUCUUGAUAUGUUUAGGGAGUUAAGUAGUCGAAAAGAUUGGAGAGGUGAAGAGAGUGUUUUAGUUAGUGUUUUAUCUUCUUGUAUUAAUCUAAAUGCCUUAGAUUUAGGAAGAUCUACACAUGGGUUUUUGAUAAGAAACUUAAGUGGAUUAAAUGUGAUUAUCGAGACUACUUUACUAGAUUUAUACUUAAAAUGUGGAUCUUUGGAAACCGGGUUGUCCAUCUUUGAAAGAAUGAAGGUGAAGAACGAAUGGUCUUAUAGUGUCAUGAUUUCGGGGUUGGCGUUUCAUGGUUAUGGCAUCGAAGCUUUGAGGGUAUUUUCGGAAAUGCGUGAAAAGGGAUUCGAACCAGACGGGGUUGUUUACAUUAGUGUCUUGACAGCGUGUAGUCACGCGGGACUUUUAAAAGACGGUUUUACCCUUUUUGAGAAGAUGAAAGAAGACAAGGUAGAGCCGGCAAUUGAACACUACGGGUGUUUAGUGGAUGCCAUGGGUAAAAUGGGAAAAGUGACAGAAGCUUUCGAAUUCAUAAAGAAAAUGCCAAUGGAAGCAAAUGAGGUGGUUUGGUAUAGUCUUCUUGGAGCUUGUUGGGUUCAUAAAGAUCUUGAAUUGGGAGAAAAGGUUGCAAAAAAGCUACUAGAAUUGAAUCCACAAACGAAUGGUGUGUAUGCGAUGUUAUCGAAUAUAUACGCAAAAAGUCAAAGAUGGGAGCUUGUGAGUUUGACUCGAAGGGCAUUGGUAAAUCCAUUGGUAAAAACUCAUGGUUUUAGCUUUGUUGAGGUAAAAAGAAAGGUUUAUAAGUUUGUUUCAAAUGAUACAUUGUGGGCUAAAUGUGAAGGGGUAAGUGAUAUGCUUUACCAAAUGCAAUGGCAGUUGAGAUUUGAAGGGUAUUUACCGGAUUUAUCAGAAGUUUUUCUUGAUGUUGAUGAAGAUGAAAAGAGCGAAAGAUUGAGUAGACAUAGUCAAAAGUUGGCAAUUGCUUUUGGGUUGAUUCAUACUUCAAAAGGUUCAUCAAUUAGGAUUGUUAGAAACAUGAGAAUGUGUAAGGAUUGUCAUGUUUAUACGAAAAUGAUUUCAUUGAUCUAUGAAAGAAGAAUUGUUGUUAGGGAUAGGAAUAGGUUUCAUUGUUUUGAAAAUGGGGUAUGUUCUUGUAAAGAUUAUUGGUAA